UCAUAUCGUUAUAUGCAUCCUUGGCUCCAUUUUGUGAGGCUACGUUAAUGGCAAUUCAUGUUAGCGAUGCAGUUCUGCAGUGCCACACAGACUCACCCAUAUGCCUCUACCCCUUUGUGGCAGAUAUACUCUUAUCUUCUCCCUCCAGUGGUAGUUUUACGUGUCACAUGGCCCCAAAACGGCCUCUCAAUGGUGCGAUUGACAUGCUUUGCUGCUGUUACAUAAGUGCAAAUGAUCAUUUUUAGAUUUUACAAACACGUGCGUUACUAAAUGGACGCUUGUGAAUGCCUGAAAAAAACUCGUAGAAUAGCACAGAUUGACCUAUGGACUGGGGAUUUACAGAAAAAAGGCCUUCAACGCUUGACACUAAAAGUAUGCUUCUCGGUUCUUGUAUAGUCAUCCUCCUCCUUCUGGAUACAUCCAGUGCACAGACUGUCCCCAAGCCCUGUCACUGUUCAGCCCAGGUUUCAGGACUCCAGGUCAACUGCAGCUCCCUGGGCCUCAUUGAGGUGCCUCCUCUCCCCACAGACACUACUGAGCUGCACCUCCAGGACAACCAGUUUACCACGGUGCCCCCAGGGCACUUUGACAGGCUGCCUCUCCUGAGGAGGGUCACCCUGUCUGGGAAUCCCUUCCACUGUGACUGUGGGAUCCAGUACCUGAGGGUGUGGCUGCAGAGGAACAGGGCAGCUGUGUUUAGGGUGCCCACCUGUGUCAGUCCCAGGGCUGUGGCACACACAGCCAUCACUGCCCUUAGUGAUGCCCACUUCUCUUCCUGUGGUCAGCAGAGAUGUACUGGAGGCCUCUAUAACAGCCUGGUAGGGGUGAUGCUCUGUGGCCUCAUUGCCCUGCUGCUGUGGGGUUUAAGACUGGCCAAACACUCUACCUUCACCCUGGAAAUCGAUGAGCCACAUGCAGGCUUUGAGGCUCACUCCUUACACUCUCACAGGCCCAAACACAGGAGAAGGCGCCGGAGCAUGCUAUCAGAGAGCAGUGGAACUUCUGUCAACAUUACCUGUAUAGAUGACUUAGAGAGGGCUCGGAUUAACAUGGAGUUACUACCCCAGAUAAUGAAUAGCUUGCAUGAGAACAACAUAAAGAUAAAGGCCACCUGAGGUUUGUGUACCUGUGUGAUUAAGAACUAUGGACAACACUACCUACAUGCUGAUGAAUGGGUUUUUAAUGCUAUAAGAAAGUUUAAAUUCUUAAAGACUAUAAUUACAUUUGUUGUGAAUUGACUUUUAGUCUGCCCUGUACAGUAAUGCAUGUCUCGUUAUCAUUCAUGACAUUUUGGUCUUUCUGUUUCUGUCUUUUGUCAUACAAUUAAUGGGAAUGAGAACAUUCUUACCACAAACAGGAGUUUAUGUCAGGGCUUUAUUUUUUAUAAGGGAGUUAUUUGUGUUCAUGUAAACUAACAUAUGCUCUUUCCAGGCAAUAUUGAGCUUUUAAAAUAUGAAAUGCUUUAACUGAAAGACACAAGUAAUCAACCAAUGGAAAAAUAGCUUUUGUUAUAUUUAUAUCGUUCAUAUAAAUAUAAAUGGCUAGUUACAGUUUGUUGUAUGCAUAUGAAAAGAAAUGCAUACAAUUAUGGGUAGGAUGAACAGCCCUGCAAGAUAUGGUAACAUUAAAUGAA